UAUUUAUCAGGAUCAAUGUUUGCCAAUUAUUUACCUGCCGAUAUAAACGUAUACGCUCUAGCUGCGAGCCGACCAGAUGAAUAUGGUGCCCAAUAUAGUUAUGAUUAUUUACGUAGAGCUUUUACCGCAUCAUACUUUGCCACAAUGUGGUUUGAAAAUAGUCAGAUCUAUUACCUUGACAUGGAGUCCCUUAAUGACCAAUACCAAUACAUUGCUGAUCGGUCCAAUUUAACCAUAUCUGGUUGGUGGCCACCUGGCACAAAUACUACAUUUGUAAUGGAUUGGACUCAGCAUGCUCAACAAUAUGGCGAUAAACAUAUUGGUCAACAGCAUGUUUCAGAGUAUAUGGGUAAAUUACAUUCCGGUGUAAACUAUGCGAUUGACUCUGAAGUGCCAGAAUUGGCUGAUUUGGCAGACAAUAGGAAUGUGUCCAUACAUUUAGCACAAAUGAAUAUCGCAUUAUCUGAGGAUAUCGAUGAAAAACUACGAACAUUGUUUAGCUCUUCGGCGUGGAGUACAGUAUUGUUUGGGAAUAAUACGACCUCUAAUGUAAAGUACCUUUACUGUGACAUGAUCGCCAGUAUAGUGUUUGGGCACUCCGUGGUAAACAUCGGUGCCAUUACCAUGGUUUACAACAAUGCCAGGCGUAGGGUUGACCGGAUUGUGAGCUACAUUAUCGAUGUGCAUAACAAUUAUAUUUUCAUCGGGAAUACCUUGCGAUCGAACCAAUUGGUACGCGUGCUUUACCUGAACAAAAUAGUUGAGCCAUUCGCC